CCCGGUAGAUUGGUUGAUACAGUGGAAGGCUUUUCGCGCUCUGUUCGGUGGCAUGAAUAUACUGGCAUCUCGGGUGGGGCAGGAAGGGCAAGUGUUCAGGUGUUUCCAGAAGGGUGAUCUCUAUCCUGGUCAUUGAAAGACAGGUUGGAGUCUUCCCUUCAAAGCAGAAGCAUCGUUGGUCAAAGGAGGGAACAGCGUGUCCCGGAAGAUGGGCAGCAGUUUGGAUGAUGGCUGGGCCCUAGAACACUAUGGGAUGGUCAGGGAGAAGCAGCCAGGAUGUGGACCCUUGGAUGUCGGAUCAGUGGAAAGGGGAGACCUCAGACUUGUAGGAGAGAAUGACUUGUCUGCUGAUAGGGCUGAUGCCAGCGGUAUUUGCCUGGCGAGACGCAGGAACCCUCAGCUAGAGCCCUGAGAACGGAAAGCAGAGGGGCAGGAGGUGAUAGCAUUCCAGGGGAAGGCAGAUGAGGGCUGAAAAAAAAGUCUGGGAUAAGAUCGCAACUCAGCCAGGAGUAGGACAGUCAGGAGAAGUGAUGUCCCACGACAUCCAUCCUCCAUGUGUGUCCCUCCCCUUUCCCCUCCCCCACUGCUCCCUCCUGCAUUCAUGACUGUGCCUUCCUUGGUACCAGCAAGGGUCCCCGUCCAGUCCUUUGAUGGUAUAAUGAGAAAGGCUGCACAGGAAAAGGUGAAUUCUCAAAGUGGUUAGUGCUGAUGUAGGUCUGGGACCAUGGACUCUGGCGCCAACCUCUGCUGCCAGUGCCAGGAUUUAGACCCUCACUGCAAACCUGCCCAGGGGAGUAGCCAGGAGAAUUUGGGUAACAUUUAGAACAUAGAUGGUGACUGAGCUCAAGGGUAGAGCUACCAGUUAGAUGACCAAAGAAGAGGUAGGGCCCACAUGGGCUCCUGUAGCAUACUCCUGGAAAAAUAACUUAAGUCUCUGUCCGUUCCUUGUCUAUGGGGACAUGCUGUAUGCCUUUUUGGUCCAGGAAGUUGUCCUUCACUCCAUCUGCCCCCCCUGUCUGCCCUCCACCCCCAGUCAAGUCCUGGGCUGCAGACCCCCCAACCUAAGAGUCUCCCCCCAAGAGGAGGAAGAAGAGAUACCUGCGGCAUGACAAGCCCCCCUACACUUACUUGGCCAUGAUCGCCUUGGUAAUUCAGGCCUCGCCCUUCCGCAGGCUGAAGCUGGCCCAGAUCAUCCGUCAGGUCCAGGCAGUGUUCCCCUUCUUCAGGGAGGACUAUGAAGGCUGGAAAGACUCCAUCCGCCACAACCUUUCUUCCAACCCAUGCUUCCGUAAGGUACCCAGGGACCCUGCAAAGCCCCAGGCCAAGGGCAACUUCUGGGCGGUGGAUGUGAGCCUGAUCCCAGCAGAGGCGCUGCGCCUUCAGAACACUGCCCUGUGCCGGCGAUGGCAGACCCGGGGCAAGCACAGAACUUUCGUCAAGGACCUGAGCCCCUACGUCCUCCAUGGCCAGCCUUACCAGCCACUCAAUCCCCCACCACCAUCCAGGGAAGGUUUCAGCAUCAAGUCCCUGUUAGGGGACCCUGGGAAAAGAUCAACAUGGCCCCAGCAGCCUGCACUAGCUGGACAGAGCAGCACAACUCAGGCAGGCACCUGGUCCAAGGGGGGAGAAGGGAUGUGCACUGUACCCCCUAACUCCUCUGAGAAGCCUCUGUGGCCCCUCUGCUCCCUUCCUGGGCCCACAAGAACAGAGGGUGAAUCUUCCCAAGGGGAAGUCAUCAGGCCCUCUCCCCUUUCCCCAGAGCAAGGCACCUGGCCUGUCCACUUACUUCAGGGUUCCCCAGAUCCCAUGGGAAUGUCCAACAGGGGGUGCAGAGCUUCCUUGUGGGGACAGCUACCCACUUCUUACUUGCCCGUCUACACUCCCAAUGUAGUAAUGCCCUUGGCCACACUACCUCCCACCUCUUGUUCCCAGUGCCCAUCUUCACCCAGUCCAGCCUACUGGAGUGUAGGCACUAAGUCCCAAGAGUCCCAGGACCUGCUCUGUGAUCUAGAUUCCCUCUUCCAGGGCGUACCACCCAACAAGAGUAUCUAUGAUGUGUGGGUCAGCCACCCUCGGGACCUGGCUGCUCCUGCCCCGGGCUGGCUGCUCUCCUGGUACAGCCUGUAAUAGUUCAAGGCAGUCCAGGGGUGGGGGUGGGGGGCUGCUUUUCCCUUCCACCCCUGGGAUACCAUUUUGAUGGGAGAACCAGAGCCAGGAGCAUGUCCACAGCGACAGCGUUAAAACACCAGGCAUAGCCUUGCUGAAAACCCACAACUUUAUUUGGGUCACUCCAGAAAGGUUGCCUCUGCUAGAUGUAACAGGUCUGGCCAAUCAUGCCUUGACUCUCCCACACCCAGGGACCGGCUCUGGAAAAAGCGCUCGGGCUAGAGUGUGCUUCUUUUCUUGGUCCCGCCUUCUCAGGCCUUCAUGCCAUCCAUCUCUCCAUCCCUCUGUCACCUUCCUGGCUCCAGGCUGGGGGAGGGAGAGCCAAAAGCGGGUCCGAUCUGAAGUCUUGCGCACCCCCCCCCAGCUGCCUGGGUAGGAGGUAGCACCUUUUGGGGGGAAGGGUUAGGAAAUGCAAGACUGGACCCUACAUGAUUUGUGGGUGAUGGAAGUAGGGGAGAGGUUAACAGUAAAGGAAUUUACAACACUUUAA